AUGAAAUACACAAUCUCCCGACAAUUUUCACUCAACAAAGAGAAAUUCGAAGUUAUCUGCAAUGCCAAAACUGUCUGCACGGUCAAAGCAUCGCCCUCAAAAGAAAAUAAAGAUCAAUUCAAAAUCAAAAUAACAAAACCUCUAUCGAAACGCUUCUCACCGGAAUCCUGUUCUGUGGAAUCCGAUCCGUCCAACUCAAAACAUUACUUGAUAUACACGAACGAUGCCAACACUGACGAGAAAGUUCUUUUCGGUGAAUUAACCUACGAACUAUGCAGUUACAACAACUAUCUUUACACAAUUAUCAUCGGACGAAAAUUAUAUAAAGUUAGAAGUAGUGAUUUAAAAGAUCGUCGACUAGCAAUUAUCGACACGAUAGAACCGAGUAAUUCUCAAUAUCCAGCAUUGCAAUGCCCCGAAACAUUAUUUCAAGUCAUCGAUUCGUUUUCUAAAUCAAAUUCAACUUAUCAUGUGACGAUUAAUGAUCAAGAAAAACAAUUCGGCUAUCUUGCUAUAGUUAUUCUCAUCGAUCUACAUGAACGUAAUCGUGCUUGA